AUGAUAGGUAUUGUAGACUGCAAUAGUUUCUACGUUUCCUGCGAAAGAGUGUUCCGCCCUGAUCUUGCACAUACCCCUAUAGCAGUACUCUCCAAUAAUGACGGAUGCAUUGUAGCUAUGAGCCGAGACUUGAAACAACAAAAUGUUAAGCGGGGGGCUCCUUAUUUUCAAUACAAGGACAUUCUUAACAAACUAUCAGCCGUAGUGUUUUCAAGUAAUUACACGUUGUAUCAAUCGCUUUCUAACAGGGUUAUGUAUAUAUUGAGAGAAGAAUGUCCAUCUAUAGAAACGUAUUCCAUCGAUGAAGCAUUUAUUGAACUCUCUGGCGUACAGAAUAUUGAGCAAUUUUGCAAAAGACUAAGAACUACACUGCUCCGUAGCACAAGCAUUCCUAUCUCUAUUGGAGUGGGAAGAACAAAAACGCUCGCUAAGGUUGCGUUACAUAGAGCGAAGACCCUAACACAAAAUAUCUACAUACUCUCCCCAAGCAAGGAAAGCUCUGUACUUGAAGCAACUCCUGUAGAAGAUGUAUGGGGGAUUGGGUACAAAAAAGCAAUGCGCUUACACAAUGCUGGCAUUGAUACCGCACUUGCGUUUAGAGAGCUUAACGAAAGCUAUGUUGCGAAAACAUAUGAUGCUGUAAGCUGGAAAACACAGCGUGAACUGCGAGGGCUGCACUGCUUUGACUUGCACAUAGAAUGUAAUGUACGAAAGGGUAUACUCUCCUCGCGAUCGUUUGCAAAAGCAGUGCAAAAUAAAGAUGAAUUAUACUACGCUCUCGCUUCCCAUGCAAACACUGUAGUAUACAAACUUCAAUCACAGCAAUGUUCUGCUCAUAGUAUAUCCAUACAUCUGCGUAGCAAAACUGAUACCCCUAAAAAAUACACGUAUCAUUCCACAUCGUAUUCGCUAUCUGUGGCUUCCGCAGAGUUACGUGUAUUCUUACAUAUCAUUCGCAAAGGUGUAGAGGCACUUUUUAUCCCACAACAACGUUAUUCUAAAUGUGGUGUUUUCCUCAGUGGAAUAGAGCCUUACAAUGCACAAAAUGAUAUUUUCGAAGAAAACUACGAGAAGAAGCAAAGGCUGCAUUCUGUGCAAAGAAAAUUACAAAGGCAGUAUGGAAAGUCAGCGUUUACAUUGCUACCUGCAAUACAUAAAGGAAGCUGGAACAUGCGACAAAACCUGCUCUCUCCACAUUACACCACACAUUGGAAUGAUCUUCCGCUAGUGUAUGCACACUGA